AUGCCUAACAAGAUUCAAGACCUCCACACAGUGGACGACAAGUCCUUCGACUAUGUCUUCGAGCAAAAUGCUACAGUGACACUGAAGUCAAGCGAUGGCUUGGUUCGUGUUAAUGUAUACCGACCAAAGACUUCGGAAAAGGUCCCUGUCUUGAUCACCUACGGACCAUACGGCAAGGACAUCCCAUAUGCCGACUUCCACGCAAAGAGUUACUCAGAAGUCAACCCCGAGCACAAGUCCGAGCACUCGGCAUGGGAAACUCCUGACCCUGCUUUCUGGACAAAAAAUGGAUACGCAGUAGUCCGUGCCGACGAGCGUGGAUUGGGUCAAUCUCCUGGUCUUCUCGACACCAUGUCAAGAGGUACUUCAGAAGCCUUCUUCGAUGUCGUUGAAUGGGCUGCAGAGCAAGAGUGGUCAUCUGGAAAGGUUGGUCUCCUCGGUAUCAGUUACUUCGCUGGUUCUCAAUGGCGUGUGGCUGCCAGAAACCCCAAGGGUCUGUCAGCUAUUGUCCCUUGGGAGGGCAUGUCGGACUACUACAGAGAUCGUUGCCGUCACGGUGGUAUCUUGUCCAACCAGUUCAUCAGAUUCUGGUGGAACCGUCAGAUCAUUACCAACCAGUACGGACGACCGGGCCGCAAGGCCAGCAACUGGGGCCCUGACACCAUCGAGGGUGAUCUUUCGGAUGAUGAGAGAGCCGCAAACAGACAAGAUCAGAACAUUGACAACCAGAACAACUACUACCGUGAUGACCCUUACUACGCCUCGAAAGAGUACGACAUGGGUGACAUCAAGAUUCCUCUUCUCUCAGUCGCCAACUGGGGAGGUAUUUUGCUUCAUCUCCGUGGUAAUAUCGAGGGCUUUACCCACGCCGGUUCCGAGUUCAAGUACCUUCGCUGCAUCACUGGUCGUCACGACCUGCCCUUCUACUACAACGAAGAGGUCGAAAUUCAACGCAGCUUCUUGGACGCCUUCCUCAAGGGCGAAGACAGAGUUGGUUGGGCUACUAAGGGCAAGGUCCCUAUGGUAGACAUGGUCCUCCGCAAGGGUGAUGUUGGCUUCAACGACGCCAAAGCGGAGCAGACCUACCCCAGAAGACAAGAGAACGAGUGGCCGAUCGCCAGAACACAAUACACAAACUACUACCUCACACCCGAGAAGGAGCUUACGACCUCCACUCCUUCAGGGAAGGCAAAGCUCGGUUACAGAGCUCUUGGUACGCUCGACAAGCCUGAGAUCAUCUCAUUCACCACUCCUGCAUUUGAGAAGGAGACAGAAAUCACUGGACACGUCACAGCUCGUCUUAAUGUCUCUCUUACCCCUGACACCACCGGCCCCACACCUACAGACAUUGACCUCUUCGUCACCUUGAGACACAUCUCUCCCGAGGGUAACGAGGUCUUCUACACAGGAACUGCCGGUGACCCAGUACCACUCUGCAAGGGAUGGCUCCGUGUCUCCAUGCGCAAGACAAACCCCGAGCACUACAAGCACCGCCCCUACCUCCCUCACAGAGACUACUUCAGCACCGACAAGCUGCCCGUCAUUCCUGGAGAGGUUUAUCCUGUCGACGUCGAGAUCUGGCCCACCAACGUUGUCGUUGACAAGGGUGGCAAGAUUGUCUUCGAGAUCUCCAGUGGAGACACUCAGGGCUCUGGUAUCUUCGGUCACAACGACUCUGUCGACAGAUCUGAGGAGAAGCUCAAGGGAACAAACUUUGUCCACUUCAGCGACAAGUUUGUCAACUACGUUACUCUUCCUGUUAUUCCUCCUAAGGAAGAGUAGGGGAGAGGUGGAAGUGAUUCAAAUGUAAAAUGCAGAUAGAUAUACCAUAGUUCAGCGU